UUGUGGCAGUGAUGCCCUCGUCGGAGGAGGAAAGCCAGUGGCUCGUUGGCAGCGGGGGUGGUCUCGCAUCUUCCAGCGGUGGCACGGUAUCCGGAACUGGAGAACGCACGUUAAGUAUUAGAGGAGGAUUAUACACUGAGGAGAUGACGACUCAACCGUCGAACGCUAACACUGCGGGUGUGAACACGGCUUCAGCCGAUUCCGCUGAGCAUGAUCUCAUUGACUCGACCGCCGAUGCAACCCUUUUAGCACAGUUUCAUGAAGAUGCCAUCAAACAGGCUGGUGUUGGGUACUUCCAAGUGUUAGCUGCUCUAUGUACAGGCUUGAGUCUUGCGGCAGAUACUGUUGAAUUUUUUGUUGUACCAUAUAUUUUACCAAGUGCAGAGGUUGAACUAUGUAUCGAGGACAAUGAAAAAGGAUGGCUUAGCAAUAUUACUUUAAUGGGCCUGGCAUUAGGUGGAUUAUUUUGGGGUGGCUUAGGAGAUAGAAUUGGUAGACGCAGAUCUUUAUUAUCUGCAAUGUCUGUUCAUGCUUUAUUUAGCGGUGUUGCCACUUUUAUACCAACUUAUGGUACAUUUAUGUGUGCUAGAUUUUGUUCUGCAAUUGGAGUAGGAGGAUCUUUACCAUUAGCAUUUCCAUAUCUCGCAGAAUGUUGUCCAAGGUUAAGCAGAAGUAGGUGGGUUGGUUUAUUAGUAGCAGCAGGAGCAUUGGGAGGUGUAUAUGCAGCUCUUCUGGCAUGGGUAGUUGUUCCUACAACUGGAGAAAUGGUAGUUCUUGAGAAUAAAGAACAUUUCAGUGCUUGGCACCGCUUCCUCUUACUUUGUUGUUUACCUGCAUUAUGUUCUACUGUUGGGCUUAUUUUUCUACCAGAAAGUCCAAGAUAUUUGGUAGAAGCAGGCAGGGAUGUGGAAGCAAUGAUGGUUUACCAGAAAAUAUACAAGAAAAAUAAUACACGAAAAGGUGCAACAGGUGCCCAAUAUCAACUUUCUGAAUUAGAGCUUCCAACUAAAAGGCCUCAUGGUUUGGCACCUCCAUCUCCUACUAAUCACACUAGUGUUUUGGCUGAUAUAAUCUAUUCUAUUGAAAUGUUUUGGAACUCCUUCUUGGAAUUAUUUGUGUCACCUCAUUUGCGCGUCACAGUAGUGCUUAUAAUUAUUUGGUCAACCGUAUCAUUUGGACUAUACGGUCUUAUGGUUUGGUGUCCAGAGUACCUUAAACUUCUUCGUGCUACAGAAUAUAAAGCUCACACUAUAAAUAUUUCUGGAGAAGAAUAUAGGGGACGAACAUUUAAUGGUUCUUUAGAAAAUCGUCACUAUAAAGAUUCAACAUUUUUAAAUUGCAAAUUCACUAAACUGGUAUUCAGUCAUGUAGAUUUCGAUAAUUGUACUUUUCAAUCUGUAGAAUUCAGUAGCAUAAAGUCUAGUAAAACUCAUUUUACAGACAGUGUUAUUGUACACUCGAAAUUUGUAGAUACAGAUCUAUACGCACAAGCGUUUACGAGAUGUAUACUGGAAAAUAAUACGGAGUUAAGUUUAAGGGGACCAUGUCCGACUCUUGAUUUGGAUUAUAAUAUUUAUAUAGAGGAAGCAUUACAUGGUCAUCUUGUUGCUCAAUUGGCUUUCGUGCCUGCUGCCGCUUUAGCAGGACUUGCACUCACUGUGCUUCAACGGCCAAAAAUGAUUGGUAUUUCAUUAUUUCUGUCGUCAGUAGCUGCUCUGUGUUUGAUUCUAGUGGGCACAAAUAGUUCCGCGGUACUUGGCUUCGAAGGUGGUUUUAUAGCAAUUUUUGCCAUUGCAUGGACGCUAACAGCAAAAUAUAUUGAUUUUUAUAGAUGUACUGGAUUCGGUUUUAUAGCGGGUGCUAUAAGGAUAUGUGGUUUAAUAGGAACUACAACUUACAAAACUUUAGUUGGUGCACCCUUAAUUGCGCCUGCACUGUUAACUGCAUUACCGUUAUUAGUAGCUAGUGUCGCAACAUUUAAAUUGCCUCACACGGAUACAGUUUUCUUGUAAGAAUACUGCG